UCGAUAGUUGACUUCGACUUGUCAGUGCAUAAAUUUACUUUUUUAGAAUAUUAAAAAAUAUUAAAAAAAAUCUAAAUAAAUAGAAUACAAAAUAUCCAAUUAUUGGACAUCAAAACAAAACUGGGACAUGUGGAUUGCCUAUGUGUCCAAGUGGCCAAAUGAUAAUACAAGCCUGAACUGCUUCUAAAGUAAGAAGAAGAAUCUUUUGCAACUGUCAGAGAAGGAAGAACACGCGAAGGAAGUACGGAAACAAUUAAGAGUCGCUUUUGAGAUAUCAAUUUGGUGGCUUGGAGGUGCAUUUUGCCCAUUGCAUAUCGUUCCCACAACCAAAUACUCGGAAAAUGCCAUCCAAGAAGAAAAAGUAUAAUGCGCGUUUUCCAGUGGGACGCAUCAAAAAAAUCAUGCAAAGUGACGAGGAAGUCGGCAAAGUGGCUCAAGCUGUACCCAUCAUAAUCUCUAGGACAUUAGAGCUGUUUGUGGAAUCACUUUUAACAAAGACCCUAAAGAUUACCAAUUCACGUAAUGCCAAGACGCUGUCAACAUCACACAUGAAACAAUGCAUUAUGUCGGAACAACGCUUCGAUUUUCUACGCGAACUGGUAAGGAAUAUACCAGACAUCAGUGUAGCAGAAGAGGCGGCGAAUUAUAUUGAGGAAGACAAUCACAGUUCUCCAGAUGAUCCAUAUGGCGAUUCGGAUACACCCUUUGACUUGAGUAUGCCAUCAACAUCCGCGGUAAGGAGUUCGUUGACACGCCAUCAUCAGCAGGGUAUGGCAACAAAUGGUCAAAAUGGUGGACAUGGCCACGAGUAUCCCAGAAAUUAUUUGAAGAGAUCAGUGAGUUCCAAUGCCAAUUCCGUUAUUAUGCAUACCACAUCGUUGGCAAAUGCCACUGGAGUUGGUUACAGUUCAACAGAGUGUUUGCCGCCAAAGCUUUCACGUUCCGAAUCAACUCCAGUUCCUCCUCCACCUCCUACUCAUCCCCAACAACAAACGUCCACGCUGCCGCCAGCGUCGUCACAUCCACGACUGAAACAUCAAUCAUUUUCAAUGCCGUCUAGUUGCAUUUCGAGCAACAAUAACAAACCAAAUAACUUUCCACAGCAACUACGACCGCCCUCACAACAGACUGCCAUACCCGCACCAAUUGUUAGCAUUGACUACUGCAAUAAGCCUGUGGUAAAAAUCGACUACAGCAAUUUGCCACAAAUCACUUCGAAUGCGGCGACAUCGGCUCCCAUGAGUGCGCCCGCCAGUAUGUCCAGCAAUGCUAGCGCGUUCAAUUUUACAGCAGAACCAGUUAUCAAUAUUGACCUCUCAAAUAUUGUGACGACAGUUGGCGGCACAAACACAAAAUCAUCGACACCUCCGGUGGCCACAAUAAGCAUUGGCACCACCCCACAACAAUCUCGUAAUUCCAAAACAGCAAUGGCGGAGCCAUUCGAUUCCUCUUCGGCAAACGUAAAGCCUGCUGCAACCAUGACGACUAGCACAGUGGUAAAUAGUGGUAACAGUUCCUGUCUGGAACUGGACGAAGACUAUGACAAUAUAUAAGGAUGCUGCUGCCUAUAUACUGCUGUGCGAUAUAAGCAAUCGGAUUUGAUGUAGACUUGAAAAUAUUUUCGAAAUACAUAAUCGUUUACGUCGAGCUUGUGUGGGCCGUGUUGAUCAAACCACAUUGAAUGUUCAAAACUGCGUUUUGUAAGAGAAACAAAAACAAACAAAAAAUAAAAACCCCCAUCCCAGAAAACAAACUUUCAAUUCCCAUUGAUCCUUUUUUCUACCCUUUUUCCGAUAUUGAAAUGAAAUGCACUGAUUCAAUUUAUAGAUUUGUUUUCUUUGCUUUAAAAUGUAUUUUCUUGAUUUUGAUGUCCAUUGAUUUACACUUUAAAUGAAUAAAUAUAUGUAUGUA